CUGCUUUAAAGUUUGGCACUGUUUGUCAGAGUUUUUAUAUUAUAUUUUAGAACCUGAAUAAAAUUAUGUGCGGCGCUGAUAAGAAGUUGGGUGAGAUCCGGGCGCUGAUCCUAGUGGGUGGUUAUGGCACACGAUUGCGGCCUUUGACAUUGAGCAGACCAAAACCUCUGGUGGAGUUCGCCAACAAGCCAAUUUUGAUGCAUCAAAUCGAGGCAUUAGUUGAUGCUGGUGUCACGCAGGUGAUACUAGCUGUGUCAUAUAGAGCGGACGACAUGGAGAAAGAGUUAACAGAGCAGGUUUCAAAACUGGGUGUGUCCCUGACGUUCUCUCAUGAGUGUGAACCACUGGGAACUGCAGGACCCUUGGCUCUGGCAAGGGAAUUGCUUAGUGCUAGCCCAGAACCUUUCUUUGUCCUCAACUCUGAUGUUAUAUGUGAUUUUCCAUUUAAAGAGUUAGCGAAGUACCACAGAAGUCACGGAAAGGAAGGCACUAUAGUGGUAACCAAAGUGGAAGAGCCAUCAAAAUAUGGUGUGGUUCUGUAUAAAGAGGAUGGUGAAAUUGAGGACUUUGUAGAGAAACCUCAGGAGUUCAUUUCUAACAAAAUUAAUGCUGGAAUGUACAUCUUGAAUCCUUCAGUGUUAAGCAGGAUAGAAUUGAGACCCAUGUCAAUAGAAAAAGAAGUAUUUCCAUUUAUGGCGAAAGAUGGACAACUGCAUGCCAUGGAGCUUCAAGGUUUUUGGAUGGAUGUGGGACAGCCGAAAGACUUUUUGACAGGUAUGUGCUUGUACCUGUCGAGUUUGCGCCAAAAGAAUUCUGACAAACUGCUCGAAGGAUCGGGCGUGGUAGGCAACGUGUUGAUCGAUCCCUCGGCGAAAAUCGGCAAGGGCUGCCGGAUCGGACCCAACGUCACUAUCGGCCCAGAUGUCGUCAUCGAAGAUGGGGCGUGUAUAAAACGUAGCACGAUAUUACGUGGCGCUUGCGUGAGACAGCACGCGUGGCUCGACGGUUGCAUUGUGGGCUGGCGCUCUGUCGUAGGCCGCUGGGUCCGCAUGGAGAAUACCACAGUUCUUGGAGAAGAUGUCAUCGUGAAGGACGAGCUCUACGUCAACGGCGGACAAGUGUUGCCUCACAAGUCCAUAGCAUUGUCAGUGCCUGAACCUCAAAUCAUCAUGUGAACGAGGCAGUACCAUUCGUAUAAGUCGGAUAAGUAUCUUGACCCUAAAGACUGUUCCAAACGAUGCAUAUUCACGUAGAAGUGGAACCUGGUCGCUAUACCAGCUUGCUUGUAACAUUACGAACUUCCAGUUAAUAAGAAUUAAUAGAUAUGAAUAUCGAGGUGCUAAACCAACACGAAAUCAUCAAAGUCGCAAAUAGUUUGAGAAGCUACAGCUCGUACAGACUGUUUCAUAGAGGCUGACGGCAAGCUUGCGCGUGGAAUGUAGCUGCGAUGAUUGGUGUAGUGUGAAACUACGAACCCCUUAUUAUUUUCAUCUCUCUCAUUACGCGUUCCCAGUAUUUUUCCCGAUUUCUGAAAGAGUUCCGUCUAACAUUUACUAUAUAGUAUUGGGUCCCUAAAAUACCCGAAUUUCCCUUUAAAUGCUAUUUUUAUCACUUUGACAGAUUGCUCACUUUUCACGUCUGAUUUCCAGACCACGGCAAACUAUCACACUGGCAGUUUCUGUGAACAUUACUAUUCACUUUUCCCAAUGGUAAUUACGCAUUAUUUCGUGAAUUUCACAUUCUAAAAUCUUUUAAAUGUUAUGGCCCCAUUGAAAUAACUGAUGAUUCCUCCAACGUCAAGCAACAAUAACUAUGUGCUGUAGUUUUGUAAAUAUAAUAUAAAAAUUAUGGCGGACUACGCCAUUAGCCAGGCUGGUACCUCCCCUCCUUAUUUUUUAUUAUUAAUAUUGAUCAAAAAUGCCAACGUUAAGGCAGCAGUAAGGUAUUUAAUUUUGGAAGAACCUCUUCGACGAACUGCUGUUGUGGAGAGAAUAUACCUGAGGUGAAAAAAAAAACGAUCAUGGGCAAACAACAAACUAAAGCAUAAAAUUACUAGAGCAUAUAAAAUCACACAAAAUGUUAAUAAAGGGAAAAACACAUAAAGAAGAAGAGAUUUCACCGAUCAGCAGACUGAGAGUAAGCCACUCCUGUUCCCCUGUGUUCCUUUACGAAAUUCGUGUCAGAGACAGAUCUUUGUGUGAAUGUGGUUUGUAUGAGGUUACAUUUUCCCAUAGACGGUCCCAUAAAUUUUUCCUUCCUUUGAUAUAGAAACGAAUUUGGCUGUAGAAGGUUGAUCACAUUUAGGCUCCUCAUUAUAAAUUGAAAAUUCCCCAUUCAUAUUUCGAUGCUCUUUUUCCCUCAACCAAUUGUUCGUCAUUCUUGUACCGACCUUGAAGGCAUCUGGUCUUCACCAGAUCUAGUAAAUAUGCGAAGUCUCACCUAUCGAAGUCCUGCACCUGGCCUUACUCCUACCGCUCUUACGCGCCUGCCUGAUUUUUCAUCGAUUACCUCACGCUAGACCUGGUCUUCACGUUUACGUUCCUCCUACCUGGACUGUGUACUUCACCUUCUCGAGCUUGGAGCAGCAGGAGCAACUGAAGCCGACGCUCAUGAUGAAGUAGAACUCCACCUCUGAGUACAAAGUGAUAUAAUCCCACUGCUGUACUACCCACCCUUUCUCGUCAUCAUUCCUCUCUGCCCUUCGGUUCUGCAAUACAGCCGCUAUCUAGCUUACAACCUCGCUGCUCUUCGGUUCUGCACCUCUGUCCUCGGUCUCCAACAGUCGAGAGCAGAGGCCUCCAACUCCGUGUCUCCACCUUCUCCUAUCUUCACCCACAUACUACAUUUACAUUGCUCACCCUACUACGUCCCAGCACUCAGUUUCUUUCCACCAAACUAUGAAAUUAAAAACUUUUCUUAGUUUUUUACCACGCCAAAGCCAUCUAACCCUACAUUACGUAUCAGGUACUCGGAGGCUGUAAUAACAUAUCUGGUAACAGCUACUAGCCAAGACGAUACGGAUGUGGCUUAAGGGAGUUGGUUUGUAUCUUUUGCACGCAAAAUUUGUUAAAUCUUCUCGUAAAGUCUUGAAACUCUUUUUCGUUAUUUACCACUUUACACUGUUUAGUGUUGUCAAGAUACUUGCCGUUUUGUAUGUAAAAUAGGAGAAUGCAAUGUACUUUGGUUGCAUGAACGUCGUUUUAAUUAACGAUGUUAUACUAUACAGGGUGUAUGAUGAUUUACUGAACGAUACGUAUUGAAGCCGAUGAUGAUAGAACAGUGCGAAAGCAACGACUUUUAUUUGUGUAGUGAACCAUACCUAAAAACAUACAAUUUGUCAAAAUUCUUUGUUGAAAAAGACAAGUUGUAUAUCUUAACUAUGGCUGAUUGUAAUAUUGUUUUUCAAAAUUAGAAGCGAAGGUUUUGGCACACUUUUGACCACAGUUCUGUAUCCACAAGCGGGUCGUUUUAUUUGAAAUAUAAAAACAUGGAAUGUAUCACAAGUUGUGUCGUUUUUGACCUAAGUUAUCGCCAGUUUUAUUAUCGUUACUAAUUCACCUAGCUGGAGGUAUCUAUAAAAAAUUACUAUGGCCAGGUGUGACGUUAGG